CUUCAACAUUACAUUUUCCGAAAUACGUUUUGUCGUUUUAAGCAAAUCUUGAUAUUGAAACUGUCUGUAUUGAAACAUUACGAGUAUUCCUUUCUUUAGACAAUUGUGUAGGUACUUCAGAAUUUACGGUCACCAUGGCAGCGAAUAUCGCAAGACCGUCCAUAGGCACCAUAAUGCUCAAAUGGACGUGCAGCGUCUUGUUUGGGAUUGUCCUCCUGGUCUGCUUAGUUGAGAGCAAGCUUGGAAUUAUGGCCAUCAGCAACGCGAUGAGAAAGACUUCUGAAAUGAGAUACGUUCGCUUCGUUAUGCUAUCUAUUAUGGUGCUCGUGCCAAGCGUGGUAAAUCUUAUACGGGGCAUCUGGCGUGGCGCUUUCGGGCAUAAUAUUCCCUGGCCACACAAAUCUGCCUUGUUAUGGGGACUCUGUGUGAGUUUCUUGGAAGCCCUCGGCCUGUGCCUAAUUGCCUUUCACAUCCCUGGAAUCAAAGGCAUGGACCAGCCUUGUACGGUGAUUCUGUUGAUGAACGGUGUCCAUCUCUGUCAAGCGGUCUAUAACCUAUGGGAGGCCGUCAAAAAAGGGAAGAACACUACAAUUCUGCGAAAUACAUUUGGCCUCACAUUCAUCAGCGCUUUUGUUGUCAUUUGCUUCUGGCUUCUACAAAAGAGUGAAAAGAUGAAGGAUACUUGGUCGGUUCCAGUUGCAAUUGUGAGUCUUUCGCUCGCAUGGACUCCGGCUGUACAAGAACAACUCAAUAAGUCGCCUGAGAGUAAAUCCGAUAAACAGAGUAAAGAAUUGGAGAUGGAUGUGACAACGGCACCAAAUAACACAUCAUCCCAAACCAGUACCAAAUCGACCCCUUCUCCAUCCAUGAAUGAGACGAAUGGACGUGAGUCGCCAGAGCAACCAAAAAUUGAUGUUCAAAUCAAAUCCAGUCCCAACACGACUCCGACCAAGUCAACAAACCAGACACCGGAUGUACAGACGAAUGAACGUGCGUCGCCAAGGGAACCAAAAACUGAGGCUUAAACCCAUUCCAGAAGCAACACGACUCCGACCAAUUCAAAAAAUCAGAAGUCGCCUGAGCCCACUACGCCAAAUAAAACCCCACCCCAACCUAGUUCCGAAUCGUAUCCUCUAAACUCCGCGAAUCCGUAUUGUAUUAAUUUUUUUCCUAAACUGCCUGUUGACGAGUUAGAACACUUUACAACAGACGAUUAUGAAACAAAGUGGACACGGUUUAUCACAUUAAUUAACCAUCGAUGAUUUGAGGUUACCAAACGUAUACUGUUUUUAUAUGUGUUAUAAGUUUAUUUACAAUCCAUAAAUAAAACGCAUAUUUAACAAUCAUAGAACUAUUAUUGUGGAUUUAUGAAACAUCACUGUAAAGUAGAUCUUCCGUGGUAGAUGAUUUGAAGGGUGUCAAUAUAUAACCACAUCAGACAUAAAGAAGACCAUCAAGAAAGGUUAUAUCAAUAUAACUACAGUAUGUUGUUUUCUAGUAGAAUACUGUCUGCUGUACAUCAAUAAUAUUCGCUUGUAAAUGAAGCAGUGUCUGCAUCAGUUAAGAUUGUAAUAUUUUAUUUUAAAAACUAUUUGGAACGGACCCCGAAUCCGCGACGAAAGGUUCAUGUUUGUAUGAGAAUUUAACUGGGGAGUUCAGUUUAUUUAAAAUAUGCAUUAUAAUAUUUUGUUACCAAGUAAGUUGAUGCAUUUAAAACAUUAAGCCAAGUUUUCUUUAUACACUUUCAUGUACGUAUAUCUACUCUAUCCAAUAGAUCAUUCAAUUUAAACAGAAUCUGCGCAAUCAGCAAAAAAUAUAGCAGGUUUUGCAAAAACAAAAUGGUGUAAGGUUUUAGGAGGUGUUUUUAUUGCUCAUCAAUAUCUUAUGGACUUAAUUGUACAGUUGAAAACUUGGUUUUCAAACAUUCUGAAAAAGUAGGCCAUUUAAGUAUAAAUUCUUUAAAUAGAUAUUUUGUCAACAAUUUGGCGUCAGUUAUGGGUUCUUUCUGUUAAGUGUUUUGUAAUUAAGAUACAUAACAUAAACAAUCGUGUAAGCUUGCGAUAAACAGGUUGGCUAGCUCCGUUUGAAAAAAAAUUGAACUAUCCGAAAAAGUUUUGUUUGCUGUAGUGGCCACAGUGCUGUUGUGGGAAUACCUCGGAAUGGAAAAGGAUAUACAUGUAGUCAGUUAAAGUUUAA